AUGGAGAAAGAUCUGCGCCUAAUCGAGAUUUACAGUAACCGGUUCCGGGCAGCUCACGAGCUUAUUCGUGAGGAACUUGGCAAGCCUGAACCGGCCGAUCUUGACGAACCUUUAGAGAACUUAGAGGCUCAAUGGGAUACCUUAAUCGGUCUGUAUGAUACAGUGAUUAACGGGUCCGAGGUCGAGCAUCUGGAGGAACGUGUUAACUCUAUGGAAGACUGUCGGACUCAAUAUCUCGCAAUUCGAAGAGCCGUGGAGAAGGUAAGAGUGAAAGCAUCCAGUUCCUCUGCCCCCAGUAGAAGUACGGCGGAUACCUCCCAGAAUGCCUUGGCCACGGCCAUUGCUAAACUGACGGCAGCUAAAAUACCUUCCUUUGCGGGCGAAACGGUCAAAUGGCCAGAAUUUUGGGGCAUCUAUCAGAUAGCCAUUCAUGACCAACCAGUCCUACCUGAUCUAGAAAAAUUCAUCAGACUAAAAGAAGCGCUGACAGGGGAAGCCGCGUCCAUUAUUGAAGGGUUGCCAUUAACCAGUGCCAACUAUGCCGCGGCUAUCGAUCUGUUAAAACUGCAUUACGGCUCAACCGAAGUUAUUAUUCAAGAGAAUUAUCGGUACCUCUACAACUUACCCGCAGUCCCUCCAGGUAACCAUCUAGCUUUAAAGCAGUUUUUGAUCAAUGGUGAAGUGCGUAUACGCAGUCUGGAGAGCCUUGGAGUCCCAUAUUCAAAUUAUGCGAAACCGUUCGUCUCCCUUUUUGUUGAUCGACUCCCAAGAAACGUCCGUACCGCUUGGUACCGUUUUUCAGCAGACAAGGAGGAAUCGGACGUUAAGGAUGUUUUGGCGUUUAUUCGAAGAGAAGUGACUAGUCAAGAAAGGAGCCAAUCAUCCGGGCUGAUGAAUCGGAAAAGGGGAGCUGCGGAGGAGCCGUUGAUUCAGAUGGAAUCUAAAAGGAUGCGAAUAACGCCGUCUGCAGCCGCCCUUGCGGCUUUAAACAAAUCCGGAACUCACCGCGCUCAGGUCAACGAAUGUUGCUUUUGUCACGCAGCCCAUUCCCCCUUCAAAUGUGAUUUACCGUUACAAAAUAGGCUAGAAAUAGUCCGAACGGAGAAGCGAUGUUUUGUAUGCUUGAACAAGGGGCAUCAGGCAGCCAAUUGCCGCAAUCCAAAUUGCAGAAAAUGCAAUCGUCGGCAUCACAUCACCUUGUGUCGCGAUACGGCCUAUGUCCCGAAUAAAGCUAAAAAAGGCGAUCCCCCACCUUCAUCCUCAAGCAACGAUGGUUCAACAGCCUGUUAUGCCGCCCUCUCUCAAGAGAAAGAAGUUUAUUUGAAAACGGCAACUGUUCUUCUUUACGGAACGAACAAGACUAUUAAGAUCACCUGUCUUAUCGACGAGGGAAGCCAACGUUCCUACGCCACUGAAUUUGUGGCUGAUCAACUGGGUCUUCAGGAAAGCGGUGUUGAGACAAUAUCGAUUUGUCCGUUUGGAUCAAGAAAAGUGAAGAAAUCUUCCGCAGUUCGUCGCGUCCUACUCGUUGUAAGCGGUAUAUCCGAAGGGAGUAAAUUAAUCAAGAUGGAUGUACUAUUAAGGCCAGAAUUGUGCGCGGAUUUAUCAGCUCCAAAAGCCUACGCUGUAGCCGAGUUGGCAGAUCGUGUACUUGCGGAUGAAAGGAUUGCAACUUCCUCUUCUAAACCGGCUAGGAUUGACCUGAUAAUUGUAAAUUCGGAUGGCUGGUGUUUGGUCGGGAAAAACAACCUGGAACGUCCCUUAUCUCCACGCUCCCUGUCGUCCACUUCCGUAGUAGAACCCUCCGCUAAUGAAAAGGAGAAUGUCGACUUAAGAAAAUUCUGGGAUGUUGAGCAUUUCGGGAUAAUCGAUCCGUACGGAGGCAGUAAGGAGCCCAAUCCUCUAGAAGGGUUUGAAGAUUUAAUCCGAAGAGGAUCCGAUGGGCGCUAUUCGGUACCUUUACCAUGGCGCUUGGAUAGAAAAGAUUUACUUGGGUCGAAUUAUCAUCAAGCAGAAGGGAGGUUUGAUAGACUAAUGCUUCGACUCCACCAGAACCCUGAACUUUUGAAGGCUUAUCAUGAACAAAUGAUGGAAUAUCUACGAGCAGGAUUUAUCAGUAAGGUUGAGUCACCGGACCAACCAAUAAAAGGAAUUACGUUUUAUUUGCCCCAUCGUCCAGUCGUACGUAACGAAUCGGUUUCUACAAAAAUAAGACCAGUUUUUGACGCUUCUGCUCGAGCCGACAGCGGUUUGUCCUUGAACGACUGUCUAGAGACUGGCGAAAAUUUAAAUCCAGAAUUAUUAGCGAUUUUGUUACGAUUUCGCUGGAGUCGUGUGGCUUGGGUGGGAGAUAUUGAGAAGACCUUCCUUCAAGUGGAAGUCAACCCGGAAGAUCGCGAUGCCCUCCGGUUCUUAUGGAUAGAUGAAUUAUCAACAAAGGAAAUGAAACCCGUUAUGUUCCGAUGGAACCGAGUUACCUUUGGUCUCUCUCCCAGCCCCUUCUUACUUCGCAUCGUCAUCCGAAAACAUCUGAGUACUUCCAGAGAUAUGGAUCCAUCUCUGGCUCGCUAUAUAGAAGAACGGCUCUACAUGGACGAUCUCCUGGCUGGAUCGGACUCUACAGAAGAAGCGACGAGGAUCAUAAAACGAAUUAUUAAAGCCUUUAAUGGCGCCUGCAUGAAACUGACUAAAUGGGUCACAAAUGAUCCAGCUGUAACUAGUACUCUGCUCCAAGCCGGAAGGACGCCCAUUGAUAACGAACUGUCGCGUCCCAUCGGCUUUGAAGAAAAAUCGAAAGUGUUGGGAGUCAUUUGGCGUCCGAGUGAAGAUUGCUGGACCUUUGAUGCGAUAAAAAUCGCUGAGCUUGUAGCCGAUAUACCCGUUCGCGCAACCAAAAGACAAAUGUUAAGUAUUUCCGCCCGAUUAUUUGAUCCGCUGGGCCUUACGUCCCCUGUUCUUCUACUAAUAAAAUUGCAAUUCCAGAGACUCUGGGAAAGUGGGACUCGUUGGGAUUCCCCUAUUCCAGAAAAUAUCCAUCAAGAUUGGUCAGCAUUGGUAGCUGGAUUACCGGCAUUAGCGCAAUUAAGAGUUCCCCGUUGGUACUUUCUGGAAUUUAAUCCUUCCUCUAAAAUUGAACUUCAUGCAUUUUGUGAUGCAUCCGAAAAGGCGUAUGGAGCGGUGGUUUAUUCUCGAAGCAAGUUCAACGAUUCGUUCUAUACUAAUUUAGUGGUCAGCAAAACGCGUGUAGCCCCAACUAAGAAGAUUUCUCUACCAAGACUUGAAUUGAUGGGAGCCUUAUUGGUUAGUCGCCUGGUGAAUUACGUAAUCGAAGCUCUUUCUCUUCCUCAAGCUACUCAAAACCUUUGGUGCGACUCAACUGUAACUCUGGGCUGGAUCAAAGGGAACAUCAACAGAUGGAAACCCUUUGUACGAAAUCGUGUUGAAGAAAUAAGGAAGUAUACCCAGCCAGAUCAGUGGCAUUACUGCCCGGGAGAAGAAAAUCCUGCUGACCUUGCCUCCAGAGGGUGUUCGGCAACUGAGCUACUAGCCUGCAAGAAAUGGAUUGACGGACCCGAAUGGCUACGGAAGCCUGUCGAAGAGUGGCCUAAUUAUCUGCCUCCUCAAUUGUCUGAAUCCGCUAAACAGUCGAUCAGCCAUGAAGAAAGAAAAGGAGUCAUUACCGCCACCACCACAGUCUCCGUGAAACCCGAGUUGUUUUCACUCAAGAAAUAUAGUUCUUUUCUACGCGUGAUAAGGAUCACCGCCUGGAUUUUCAGAUACCUGCGCAACAGGAAGAAGGGGGAGUGCGCAAAGAGCGGUCCUGCGGGGAAUGAGGCCAAGGAGUCGGUUAGAGUAAAAAAGGAUAAGGUUAUUCAACUAGACUGCCUCACGGCCCAAGAACUUGAAAAAGCUGAGCUAUUUUGGAUCAGAAGCGCUCAAAUGUCGGCCUACCCGAACGAUUUCAAUACUCUCCGUCAAAGGAAAGAGAUCUCUAAGUCAUCCCCUGUUCGAACUCUACGUCCUCUCUUCGACCAUGCUAAUGGUAUUAUGCGAGUAACCAGUCGCCUUGUAGAUAGGUACGAGUUUGAAGAACAAGCACUACCAAUCCUUCUACCCGUCGUCGACAAUUGUCCAGCCGAUCGGAUUGUGCGAUUGUUAAUCUGGAAGACCCAUGUGGAAUGUUUACAUGGGGGAGUUAGCCUGCUACUUGAUAAACUACGGCAAGACUACUGGUUAAUCAAAGGUAGGCAGCAAAUAAAAAAAGUCAUCGGAAGUUGUGGAAGGUGUCGCCGAUUCCAUGCGCGCCCAUUUUCUCAACCAAUGGGAAAUCUUCCCCUUCAACGGCUGGCCGAGUCUACCCCCUUCCUAACAACCGGAGUUGACCUUAUGGGUCCCAUUUAUGUGCGUCCUUUCAGCAAGAAUAAAGAAACGACUAAAGUGUACGUGUGUCUAUUUGUAUGGGCGGUGACUCGAGCUGUGCAGUUAGAGCUAGUUAGCUCUUUAUCCACGGAUACGUUCCUUCUCGCAUUAGAGCGACUAAUUGCCAGCAGGCAAGAAGUCCGCAUGCUAUUGUCUGAUCAUGGAACAAAUUUCGCUAAGACCGCCCGCCUUCUAUACAAUCUAAGGAGCUGUCCUCGUCUGGCCGCAUUCCUCGCGAAUAAACGUAUGGAAUGGCGAUUUAUUCCCACUGAGGCUCCAUGGUGGGGAGGGUAUUGGGAACGGUUGGUUCGUGUAGUGAAAGACACGCUCAAAAAAAGCCUCGGGUUCCAGUGCCUAAAUUUUGAAGAAAUGUGGACUCAUGUGAAAUCGAUCGAAGCCAUGGUCAAUUCCCGUCCACUAGCGCGAGAUACGGACUCACCGACUGAUUUACCCGUCUGCAUUUCACCUAACGAUCUAAUCAUCGGACGACGCUCAUCUGCUCUUCCAGGAACCGGGAUAUCGCCAGAUUUUUCAGCCAUUGAAGGGGCGGAGCAGCUAACAAAAAGAUUGCGACACCAAAAACUAAUUUUCGAUCGCGGCUGGAGAUGCUGGACGUCCGGCUAUUUGAAGGACUUAAAUAAUUUUACUCAGCGGGAUCGAUCGGGCUUUCCCUAUCCUAUCCGAAUUGGGCAGAUAGUGAUGAUUAGGGACGAUAAUCUGCCACGACUUCGUUGGAAAGUAGGCGUUGUCACCCACCUCCAUCCUGGACGAGACGGCCGCAUCCGGUCUGUCACAUUACGACGCUCAACGGGCCGUUGCUCGGAUUACGCUAUCCAGUCACUCUAUCCCCUAGAAACUGAAGCAUCCCGCAAAGCAUCAGAAACCGCCGACGCCGAUCAUCCACCACGGGUACGUCUCGAAUUAGCUGCCAGAGGUAAUUCGAGAGGGGAGUGUAAAGAAAAGUCGAAGUCGACAGCACCAAGGGCAAUUAAAGGUCCCAACUCUAAAGCCGACGACGGCCGUACGACCAAGAGAGAAAGUAAGGAAGGUCGGGCCGUCCUUAACCCGAACGCCAUCCGGACGUUGCGAAGCGGAAAGAGAUUCCUAUUGUGA